AUAAAAUAUAAUUGCUUUUUAGUGGUCAUUACUAUUUCCUCUAUUCUCAGCUUAUUUAUUCAUAAAUAAUCAUAAAAACUAACCGCUACGAUGGAAUAUUAUUUUCUUUAUCACUGUACAUUAUGACCAUACUGUGUAACCAAUUUUGACAGUUAUUUGCAGUCUUAUGGUCUAUUGCGUGCAUGCUUAUGCGUGCGUGCAGAUCAACUGGAAAAAGUCCGCCAGGGUCGCCGCAAAUUUUUUUUCCACUGGAGCUAAAGUUGCUGAACGAAACAUGAACAUUUGGAAAAAGUUGAAGAAGACGACUGUUACGACAACAGCAAACAUCCAGCAUUCGUUUAAACUGCCAGACGGAGAAGAGCGAAGUGGCGAGUGGCUCUUUCUAUGAGUUGCCUGCUGCGAUCCCGAUGGAACCCAACGCUUCCCUCCAUGUUUCAUCACGUUCUGCAUCUCCCGCAGCCCGCGCUCCUGCUGCAGUCCAACGGGUCUCCAGCAAGGCGGCGGCCAAAUCUCUGCUGCCCACAUCAUCUUCGCUGAGUUUGGGAGGUAAACCCCAAAGAAGGCGACCAUCAGUAAAUAAAGAAAAUACUCCUUCGCACGGUGGCUGCGGGCACUGCUCGCGGAAUGUGCUGGAUGAGCCGUGUCCGUUGCAUUCACAUUCUGUGCCCGACGCGGAGGUGAUACCCUUGGCGCUGGCCACGCUCCCUUCGUCCUUCUCCUUCAUCCGCACACCAGAAGACGAGUUACCUUGCGGAGUCCGCGCGCAGUGUAGUUUUCCCGCCCGCACGGUCUUCGGACCGAUGCGCGGCGUCCUGUGUCCGCACGCCAAGCUGCAACAGUCUUCCUUCGGCAUUCCGGACCGUCCCACGCUGCAGGGCAUCCUGCGCUUCCACGCGGACUCCCCUCACGGCUGCAACUGGAUGCAAUUCGUCCGACUGGCCAUCCACACCGCUGAAUGCAAUCUCACCGCCUACAACGUCGACGGACAGGUGUACUUCGCGACAAAAAGGGACAUUGCAGCGGGGGAAGAACUGAAAGUCUGGUAUUCGUUUAAUUACGCCAGGGCCUUGGGAAUCUCGGGACGUCUGCAGGAGAUUAGUAAUAAGAAGCCUGUUCGCCAUCGUAAAAACAUGAAGAUAGCGCGGCCAACAGCGUAUGUUGAUGAUCUGGUCCCCGCGUCCGGUUUGCCUGAUUCCUUUCCGUCGGACGAACAUAUUACGCCAGCCGACGCUGUUGAUCGUUUACCGGCACGUGAAGAUUUGACGUCACACGCGGAGGCAAUAAACGAAGAAGACAGCGACGAUACGGACAGCGAAAGAGACGCUGGUGAUUCGGAAGAGGAAACCGCCUCAGAAGAAGAAGAUGGGGAAGCGGAAAUGCCAUCGGCAGUGGAUGCUGGCGAUGGAGGGAAUGAUCCCGCAGUUUCCACAGCGAUACCCCGCAAAAAGCGCAAACGUCCCUUCCGCUUCCGUCACGAUAACCCGGAAGCGGUGAAACGCCUGGAAGCGGUGGUCCAGGUCAACCCGUACCAGUACGCUCCCGGCAACCACCGCAACGCCGCCUUCGACAGCGUCGUGCGUCUCCUGGGCCCGGAGGCCGUGGGCAAUACCCGCGGCGCUCUGAAAACCUUCGUGCAUUUUUGUUUGGCGCAAGCAGCGGACGCACAACUGCGUUUCAACGACGCCGCCGGACCGGUGUUCCAGCGCUACAUGGAACUCCUAAACACCCUCACUGACAUGAAGAAAAACAGGGUCACCGACGUCAGAUUGGGGAAAUUGGGAAGCCGGCGACAAGAAGCGAUUGAAGAGUUGAAAGCCGUGGUUGAAGUGAAUCCGUACCAGUAUAAAAUGUACAACGCGCGGUAUAAAGCGUUCGAUCAAGCGGUGCAGAAUCUGCAGAUUGGUACGAAGGAUGCAUCACCGAUGAAGUCAGGAGGUCGCCGAAAGACGGAGGGACGGAAAUUAGAGGUCCGCGUCAACAGCCGUCUCGAGCAGCUCCCGAAACUCCUGGAGCAGUGUGAUCCGACAACCGGCGCGGACUCGUUGAUGGAGUACUUGGAGGUCUUGCAGAAGGUCGCUGAAUUGAAGGACAACGGUGCCAGGUUCGUGCAGCGUGCGUUCCGGAUGUCUAAUUCCGUCGCGCAGCGGACGAAGCCGGCGACGGAGGGGCUGCAUGUGUGCACGGCGUGUAUGUUCUCCUUCGAGUCGGCGGCGUUGUUGGCGUUGCACACGCGGGGCCAUGACGCCGCCGCCGUGGAAGAGGGCGGCGCCACCGCGUGUCCGGGGUGUCAGGAGGAGUGCGGAACGAUGGCCGCGCUGAUCGCCCAUGUGGAGAAGCACCGCAAGACCUACCGCCCGCGGGAGAAGUGCGCCUAUUGUGAGCUGUAUGUCAGCGUGAAGUUUAUGGGGCAGCAUUUGCGGAACGUGCAUCCCGAGAAGUCCGCGGAUCCGGUUGGGAAGUUUACGUGCGGAGAGUGUCAAAAGGAGUAUGCGUCGCAGAAACAGCUGACUGCCCAUGAAAUGCAUCACCGCGCCAAGCGCUGCCUGUACUGCGCCCAACUCUUCCCCUCCUGGCCGCAGUUGGGGUAUCACGCAGUGAUGCACCGACAGGACGAGGGCUUCCUGUGUCCGCACUGUCCCAAGACCUUCGACACCUACCUGAGCCUCAGCCGGCACAACCGCCGCUUGCACAACGCCAAGGCGGUGUGCGCCUGCAGUGUCUGCGGCGAUGUUAAGCGCAACCGCUACGCCCUCGGCAUGCACAUGCUCAAACACGGGAUCGGCACAGUCCACCAGCAUCCCUGUCCGCUGUGCGGGAAGAGCUUCCACUCCAGAUGGAAACUGGAGCGCCAUCGCAACCAGGUGCACAGCGGCGGCCGGAGUGGAAAGCCGCGGAACCGUGAAGAUACGGAUGAGAAGCCGCGGAAGCGUGCUGCUAAGACGUGAAAUGAGUGUUUUCCUGUUUAAGGCAUUCUCACAAUGUUCCUGUCUGAAUGUUUUGUACACUUUCAGGGGCUGAUAUUUGGAUGUUAUAGUUGCAUUUGUAAGGAUGAUUGCGCGCUUCUUGAUAUAUAAAUUUGAUUUCAAAGGUGGUUUGUGCUCUUUCUUACGCCACGCCGUCCUACAAUGUAACUUGAUGCCGAUUUUAAUGAGACACUACUGAGAGGAGAG